UCCUUACAGAGCAUAGCUUUGAAUUAUUAUUAGUUUAUUAAAUUCAAAGUUUAUGCUGGUGAUGACCCAACUUUAGUCUCAUCACCUUUUUUGUUUAUUACUCUCUUCUUCUGAUUCAUGCCGUUCUCUCUUCGAUUUUAGCCUUUGUGAUUCAUCUGCACUUGAUGAUCUGUUUCUGACCUUAUAUCUGAGUAGUUUUUGGGAUCUAAGAAAAUCUAAGUCCAAAUCCGGUUCUUUUCAGAAUGAGUUCUUCGGAAAAGUUGUUCAAGAGAGAGAGGACUGUACAUGAGAUUCUGGGAGGUGGCAUUGUUGCAGAUGUGAUGCUGUGGAGGAAAAAAAAUGUGAGUGUUGGUAUAGUGACAGUAACAAUAGGAUCAUGGAUGGUGUUUGAGACAUUUUCCUAUACAAUCCUCACUCUUAUUUCAAGUGUUCUUCUCCUCAUGCUCUCUAUUCUCUUCCUCUGGUCCAAAUCUGCAUCCAUCCUCAACAGGCCGUCACCGGCAUUACCAGAGUUUCAAGUAAGUGAAGCAAUGGCUGAAGAAGCUUCCAAGUUGUUGCGCAUCCAUGUGAAUAAACUGUUUCAAGUAUCGUAUGACAUUGCAAUGGGAAGAGACUCAGAGAUGUUUAUCAAAGUAGCAGUCUAUCUGUUUCUCGUAGCAUUCAUUGGAAGCCUCAUGGAUUUUCAAACACUUUGCCACACUGGGGUUUUGGUGGUAAUGGUAGUUCCAGCUUUCUAUGAGAGAUACGAAGAUCACAUAGAUGGAUCUAUGGUGUUCAUCUACAACAAAUCUAAAGAGCUUUAUCUUAGACUCGAGAUAUGGGCUUAUCCGGAACAUAAGAAACUGAGCUGA